AUGAAGGCGAUCGGAGACGGCACUGGCGCGCUGGGCGAGGCCAGCCACUUCCAGAUCGAGGACAACGAGGGCGGCAUGCGGAUCACGGCGCAGUUGCCAGGGCACCAGAUGGGCAGCGCGGGGCCUCACCCGUUGCGGGUCCGGGUGGUGGGCAGGACGACGCUGAUAGUGAAGGGCGCGCACCUGAACCCCCCGAUCAUGACGGAGUUCCAGCGGAGCUUCAACCUGCCCAGGAGGGUCGCUCUGUCCAGAAUCACGGUGGACUACAGCACCUCCACGGGGAAGCUGCUCAUCACAGUGCCCCCGCGGCUCGUGGCGGCUGGCGAGGCGGAGGAUCGAAGAGUCGCCCCUGGCCGACAAGGAGGGCGGCAAGGGGAGCCACAGCGGAGACGAAAAGAGCCAGAGCCCCUUCGCGGACAUCGAGGAGAGGAUGCACAGGUUCUUCGAGGACAGCUCCCGGUUGGCCCCGGCGGCCCAGCAGGGCGGCUUCAUGUCCAAGCGGUCGAAGCAGCCCAGCGCGGAAGAGGUGCUGAGCUUGUUCGACAAGAUCGUCGCCAGGAACCACGAGCACAGUAG